AUGGCAACUCCACGAAAACGACGCACACAACGAUCCGGCAAGAAAUUGACUCGGAGGACAGCUGACAAGCACAAGAACUACAAGAUCAAGGGCAAUGCUAUUAUUAAAGCCAACUGGGACAAGAAGCAGACUCUUAUGCAAAAUUACCGACGACUUGGUCUGUUAACAUCUCUCAAUCGCACAGCUGGUGGACGAGAAGUAGCCAACCCCGAUACCAACCCUGCUGCUGAAGAAGCAAUGGAGGAAGAUCAAGAACCACGUGAAUUACAGGAUGAUGAUAUUGAAGAGCUGAAAAAGACAUUGAAGCCUGGUGAAGGUCUUAUCCAACGUGAUGACGAAGGCAACGUUAUUCGUGUUAUUGUGGGUGAGGCCAAAUCACACAAUGAUAUUCUUGAUGCGGAGCCAGCACCCGUGGAAGCAAAAACAGAUGUUGUUCGAGCACUCGAGGAACAAGCCAAAAAUGGUGUCAAGAAUAUCAAGUAUCAAUCUGAAUACCAGCAGAGUUGGAUUGAGCAAUUGAUUGAGAAGCACGGUGAUGAUUAUCAAGCCAUGUUUUGGGAUAAGGAGCUCAAUGUCAUGCAAUUGACUGAAGGCCAACUUCGGAAAAAGAUCAAGCAAUAUCUAAAGGAGCAUCAGCAGAAGUAG